AUGCUUAAAAAUGAAAUAAAAGUUGGAGAUUUUUUCCAGGCUAAAAAUAAGCAUGAUAACUUUAAGUCAAUGAAAAAAUAUUUAACACUUAGUUUGAAUCCUCUUCAAAUCUCGGAACAGGAGAAUAGAUAUAGGAGGAAUUUCAAUGAGACAAGUGUCGUAAAAAGCAAGGACUACAUUUAGCAUAUCAAUUAAGUGAUCAAUGAGGUGUAAUAAAUUUCUAGAAAUAUAGAAGAUAAAGUUGAUACGAUGAAUCUAAAGGAAUAAUAGGAUAAAUUAUUCUAAAAUUAUGAAGAUUCUAUCAAGUAAUAAAAUGAUUAAGUAGGGAAGAAGAGACGAGAAAGGAAAGUACUUAUUGAUCAAAUUAAAGCAAUUAAGAUCACUAAUGGGUUUGAUUAAGUGGUAGAUUAAGUAAGUUUGUGGUCUAAGGAUAGAGGAACACUUAUUUAAAAACUUUGGAAAAGCUUUAAGAAACAGCUUAUUGAAAACCUUGUUCAAUAUCUAAAUCAUCAAAAAAUCAUGCAGCAUGAAUUGAUUUAAACUGUUGAUGAUACUCUUCAGAUAGUUGAGGAGUAAUCUCAAAAGCUGAUGGAAUCUCUGACCAACUAGAAAAAAAUAGAAUUUUAACAUUAGCAGCUGAAAGAAGUUUUUGCUACUUGCGCUAAUUUAUUUCACUAAGAAGAGGAUAAAAAUACUUAAUUAAGAGAACGAGUAAAAGAUUUAGAGAGGUUGAUAAAGCUUUGGCUUCCUAAUAUUGAGUCAUACAACUUUAGUCCUGAGAUAAUAAUUAGAUUAAGACAUACCUAAGGUAAGGGCAAAGUUUGGGGAAUGUCGAAUGAUUUGGUGGGAGAUCUUCAACUUAGAGAUCAAAUGAUGGAUAGACUAAAUCCAUAAUAAUUCUGGGUCAAAAGUGAUAUUGAGAGACUAAUUCAAGGAUCUUUAGUCGUUACAAAUGAUAAAGUAAAUUUGAAUUGUUGUAAACUAUCAUAGAUUGAAUGUGAACGACUAAAUUAGGAGCUGGUUAAGUUGAAUUCAGUAUUGCAUAACAAAAGACUCAAAUGUAAGGAGUUGAAAAUGGAUCUCAGCAAAUAAAAAAGAAAUAUGGAGCUUCUUGUGGAAGAUCUUGAAAAUGAAAAAAUAAAGAACUUGGAUUUUCAGGUUAUCAGACAUAAAUUAACUAAAAUGAUGACAAUAGAGAAAAAAGAAAAAUAGCUUUAGUGUGAUCUUGGUGGAAGUGGUCCAGUUGUUAAGGCUAAGCAAGGAGAAGAUAAAAAUAAGAUUAGGAAAGUACUGACACUUAACAACCUUACACAUGUAGGAAGCAAUACUAACUCUCCUAGGAAAUCUAAUGGCAUUCCUAUUGAUUAGAUAAUGGCUAAAGUUAUUCAAAAGCAUGGAUUAGCUACAAAUAUGUCUAUAAUUGAUCAGCAUGCUUAAGAAAGUAAAUAAAUUUUAAAUAAUCAUAGGAGAAAUUCAUCGUUAAAAACAAUUAUACCAAAGUCACCCACAAAGUAGCCUGAAUUUGUGAUGAAUUAGAUAUAAGAGCUAAAACAAGAACCUCUCCCAAUAUAUUAUAAAGAAAAAGCGUAAUAGCUGCUUUAAGUUAUAUCAAGUAUGAUGAGUAAACUUGUAGUAUAGCCUUACAGACACAUCAAAGAUCUAUUCUUAGAGGAAAUUCUGGCAAUCAAUUCUAAUCCAUAGAAAGCUAGUGAGAUAGCUGAGGAAUUUUGCAGAAUUAUCCUUGAGGUGCAUAAUAAAGAUUCUAGAAUCAAGCUUUUGAAGUAAUUUUUAGGGCUUGGAGAGUAGAGUUAAUUUACCUAGCCAGUUGGCCAAGGUUUAGUUAAUCUUCUAUAAGAUACUAAUUUGGCUUUUGAUGAUAUUUUCACAGGGGAGAUUUAGCAACUAGGGAUAGAUUUGGAAUAAGGAAUAAAUAUGAUUAAAUCUAGGGUAAAAAAUAAGCUAAGUUCAAAUACUCAGGUUAAGAUAAUCAAUAAGUCAAUUGAAAAUAUCAUUUAAUAGAGCUAAGUUUAUGUAAAAGGGUAGGUGUAGAAGUUAAGCAAUCCAUAAUAUGUGCAUGAUUACAGGUUUAUAUAAGCUAUUAAUAAGGCUGAAAAAAAGUAAAAUUAGGAUGAGCCUUUCCAUUCUCUACUUAUAAAGAAAAAUAGCAGAGUUGAAGUUGAAGAUUUUAUUGAAUAUCUCAAUGAAGUUUUAAAGAUAAAUACUCUUGAUUUUGUAAAAGACAUCCAUCUAUUUUACAAUUAAUACCUGGAUAAAUCAAGAAGAGAAUUUAUUGGGGGAUUUGAGUUGCAUAAUCUAUUUGACAUGAAUAUAAGAAUCGAAAUUCCAUUGCUUGUUUUCAUAAAAGAGACAACCAACUCAAUUAUUGAAUUUGAUAAUGCUGUUAAUUAAGAACUAGAGAAAAUUUUCAAUAAAUUCAAUGCUUCUUAGCCUUAAUAAGAGAGAGGUCUUGCUAUUUAUACUUUCUAGUAAGCCAUCAGAUACAUGAUUGUAGCUUUGCCUCAUGGAAGCUAGAAGGAAGCUAGUAUAAGUUUAAAGGAAAUUUGUGAAUAUGUAGAUAAAAAAAAGAAUAAAAAAUUCAUUUUAAUUGAGGAGUUUCUACAAUUAUGCAAGGACUUUGAAUUUUUUGAGACUUUAGAAGCUCUUAAAGUUUAUAAUGAUUAGAAUCUUAAGAAAUUUCAAAUAAUGCAAAAGCAGUCUACAAACAAUAUACUCACUUUAAAUACUAAAAAUCCUGAAAAAAAGGUGAAAGUUACAUCUUUGUAUGCUGAUUAAGCAAACGAAGGUAGAAAUGGUGAUAAUAAUGGAGCAAUAGACCGAGGAAAAUCAUCUUCAAGAAAGCCAAGAAAACUUCUGAGGGGUAAAUCUUACAUCAAUAAUAUAUAAGAAUCCAAACAAGAUAUUGCUUUAGAAGAAAAGCAUACUGCCUCGGCAAGGAAAAGUUCCAUGGCUGAAAAAGUAACAUCAGAAAUUAAAUCAAAUGAAAGCUCUAAAGAAAGGAAUAUUCCUACUCAAGAUGGCUAAACACCUCAGAUUAUGAUUAAUAAAGAUAAAGAGGAAAGUGAAAACAGCUUAUCUCAAUCAAAAUCACCACAAACUAUGAAAGCUACAGAUUCAAAUUAAAAAGAACGAUCCAUUGAAAAAUUUGAGCUGCCUAGACCAAAUUUAUCUCCAGUAUAUUUAGAUCUAGAUUAUAUGAAGAUCAAUGUUAAAAAUGUUGAUGAAAAUAGCGAGAAAAACUCAGUUCGAUCAUAGUUGAGUCACAAAUUAAAUGAGAGUAAUAGCAGUAUCAAUUUAAAGAAAGACAUUAAGAAAAACUUUAUUACCCCAACCUUUAAGCUAAAUAAAAAAAAUAAACCCCCAAUAGCGGUGGAAAAAUCGGAGGGAAAUCAAUCUGCUCGAUACAAAGUUAUGAAUUCAUAGAAUUCGAGAUAUCUAUUGCAAAAGAGAAUGAGCACGCCUUCCUCGAGCACAACAUUAGUUGUGCACUAAUCCCCUGUCAUAAAACCUGGAAUUAUUCUCUCUUAAAAAGGAGAGGCUCUUUCCUUGUUUAAGAAUAUACCUAUUGGAGGAAAUCUAACUAUUACAGGAAAUAAAAUUUGA